AUUCCAGAGGGCUAUCUUUAACAAGUUAGAGUUAUUCUAACAAUCUGUAGUAAAUCUUGCUUUCUUAUAUGAAGGAGCUGACCAAGAGAUUCGGAGAGAUCCAUGGAGCUUUUCAAUUGCGCCAAGUUAGGAUCUGGAGGGAGGGGUUGUCAACCAAAAAGACAUGAAAUGCGUAAGGUUUAUCAACCACCGUCCCCUGAACCUGCAAUUGCUGCAGAUCGACUACCAUGGGCCGCAAAGGUAGUAAGAAGCCCCUCAGUGCUGGUGCCAUUGACGGGAAGCGCCAAGCCCCCCCGGCGGCGGCGGUCCCGAUGAACCCUUCAGACUCCGGAGUCCUCAAACACCCCCCCGGUGCUUCUCCUACUGCCGUUCCCUUGUCUGAUCCUACCCGUGUUGCGAACCCUAGCAUCAAACACAAUCGAGGCCCCUGGUUUAACCCUGGCCCUAGUCUUUACAAUUACGGAUUUGAUGAAAAUGGGUGCGGCAACUUCUCCGAGGAGCAGCUCGAGGAGAUUCUUAUCAAUUACCUCGAUCGCGUCUACAAGGAGGUUAUCUCCCGUUUGGUCUCCUUCGGAUACGACGCUGCCAUGGCGCUUCGGGCCGUUCUUUGCAAGGGCCAUUACUACGGCGGCGUGGACCCACUAUCUAAUAUCAUGCAGAACGCACUCGAGUUCCUGAACACGGCAGCUGCCAACACUCCCGAUGACUGGAACGCUCUUGCCGGCGCCUGCUCUGACCUCCGCCACCUCGAGGAGUAUUCUCUCGCUGCCAUGGUUUGCCUUCUGCAGCAGAUCAGCGCAAACCUCUCGCGCGGUGAGGCCAUAUGGUGCCUCCUCAUUAGCCGCCUCCGCAUUCGCCGUGCAAGCUCCAUUAAAUUCCCUUCCCGUUCGCCUCUUGGUAAUCUCCAAGCAGCUAGUACUGCGGGCGCAUUCACGCCUGGUGCCGCUUUGCCUUUUGCGAUGCAGGGCAGGCAAAGGCAGCAGGAAGUGGAGGAAGAGGCAGAGGACGUGGUGCAGUUGGUGCUCAAAAGACUGGAGGCUAUGAGAAUUGAGGAUGAGAAGCGUGAAGAUAAGGAGCUUCAGGACCAGAAGACGGAGAUGAUCAUGGACCUUAUUCGCCGGAUCCGUAAGCUGGAAGACCAUGUUAAAGCGACGAAGCUAUGGGCUCAGCUGAAAGUCAUGGAAGCUGUUCAGAUGUUCGGCCGUAACGCUCAUGAGCGCAUGGUGGAGCGAGAGGAGAACCAGAGGGCUGUGAAUGAGAUGCAGGUGCUGGAGGAUUCGACCAUGGAGAGACGGACAGAUAUGCAGAGUGUUCUAAAGCAGGCUAGCGAACAUGUGGAUAGUCUUAAUGCUUUUGUCAAGAAGGUUGAGAUUGGGAAUUCAGAUAAAAGGGAUGAAAUUGAAGCAGCAAAGGUACUCGAAUCUUUGUCUACUUUUUGCGAGCUUAUAAAGAAGGAGACGAAAAAGAGGAAGAAGAUUGUACCGGAUCAGCAGGAGUUAGCUGAAGUGCAGGAGGCUACCAAACAAGCUGAGAUGUAACUCCAUUAUUUCACUGCAAAGAGGAAAACGAACAAUGAAGUAUGGUAUUUCGAUUUAUCCAUAAAGAAUGAAGAUUACCUUGUAAAUGUUUAACAAAAUGUCUGCACAAAAUCAAAUAGAAACAUGUCUUAUUUGUGGAAGCCUUAUGCACGCCUAUUGCUUUUGACCUAAUCAUCUGAUGAAUUCAGAUGAGCUUGAUGGCUUUUCGUCUUUACUGGUGAAAUGAUUUUUCUCCUA